AUUGGCUGGCGGAGCCGGCGCUCUGCAGUCCUGGCCUCGGGGUGCUGCUGAGGCGAUUUCUGAGGUGCAGCCGCGGCUUCGAAGGCUCAGACGAGCGAGGAGUCGAGCGGAGCGGAGGAGACGCUGCUACCGCUGCUGGGACCUCCGGUCCCUUCUCCCGCCGUGGCCUCAUGCCCAGCCGCGCUGCCCCCGUUUGGGUGCCUAGUGGAGGGGUUGCCGGGCUUCUCCUCCUCCUCCUCCUCCGCCUUUUGGGGCGGUAGCUGGGGCAGGGGAAAAGAGCGGCGGUAGAGCAGCCGCUGCCCCCACCCCCGGCGUUUCCCGCCCUCCGAACAAAGGCGCCGCCAGAGGCCCCCGCCUCGCCCUCCGCUGCGAGAUGGCGUCGUUCAACAUCGGGGGACUCAACGCCUCCUCUCGGAGGAGAAGCGUCCAUUCCCGCAACGCCACUGUCGAGAGGCGGAAUCUCAUCACCGUCUGCAGGUGAAUUGGCUCCACACCCCCCCCCCCACACACACGCAGGAACACGGGUUUGUCUCCGUAUGUAUAGGGCUGCAUGUGUCGUCGAUAACCCCGCUCAGUUGGCGGUCCUGCUCUGCAGUGCGUGCCCAGCAGACCCCCGCUGUGCUUCAAGGGGCUUGCACAGUAAAUGCCUUCAGGUUUUGCUGCCUUAAUCCGGAGUAAGCGCCACCACCCCGCGCUCUCUUUUUCCGUGCCGCUCUUGCAUUUAACAGCAGGGAGGGAACCCCAGCUUCUUCUCCCCCGCGCUGGCUCUGAAUGGUGGUGGGGUGUGUGAAAGGAUGCUCAGGGCGCAGCUAAACUCUGCUCAGGUAGACUUCGGGACCAGAAUAGGGAAUUCCCUCUACUUUUGCAUUCGUCUUCUCUCUCUCUCUCUCUCCCUCCCUCUCCUCCUUACACCUUCCUGAUGCUGCCCCUUGAGCAUCUGUGCAGAACUUUUUCCCAUCUGUGAAUUUGCUACAUCUAAUUGCAUGUGCGCUGUUAGAUGUGUCAAGUGGGGGAUCCUGUGACAGUUUCUGAGACUGGAAUGUGAUCUGUGUUUAGGGCAUUUGUAUGGUGAGUGAAGGUGUAUAGCCUGCCUGAUUCUGGCCCCAUCAGGUGCUUUUGAUGAUUCAUAGAAUUACAGAGUUGGAAGGGACUAGUCAUCUAGUCCAACCCCCUGCAAUGCAGGAAUCUUACGCUCAACAUGGGGCUUGAACCCACAACUCUGAGAUUAAGAGUCUCAUGCUGUACUGACUGUGAAUGCCAAGAGCGAAAUAUUACUAUACUAAGCCCUUGAGUUUGUAUUUGCCCCAUUAGCUAUACAGGAUGCAAUCUCUCUACCUCGCAGCUCAGUUAUACUUGAACCAGAUCUCAGCUUGACAACAAUCUGUGUUGAAUGUCAUGGUACUACUCCAAAGCAUAUGGAGGGAAAGUGAUGUUCUAUUAAUGUGACUACGGAAAUAUGACUAAGGAAAACACAGGGUAUGUCUCUGCAGAAGAGAACUGGUGUAACAGUAAUGAUGACAAGCUCCUAUUACUAAUGGGGGGCAAAACCUUCCCCUUACCACAGAUACUGUGUCUGGCUUAGUUCACAUAUGUUUGUGUCCCUGGAGUUCUUCCCCAUACAAAUGAAUGGUUUAGCUUUGCCAUUCAUUCUAUUGGGGGGAGAUUAAAGGCUGCUUUUGUGGCACUGUUAUAAUAAAGGCAAAAAAUGUCUCACACGGAAUGGCAUAGAUUUCACUGAACCAUGGUGUGUCACUGCAUCUCACCAGGGAGCAGUCUCACCACCCAGCUCCAUCUUUAAUAAUGAUGUGCAUUUUGCUGGUCCAUUGAUAUCAGCCUCUUCCUAGCAUAUAUGUGCUUUCUCUCUGUAAUGCUCCGUUCAUAACAUUCUGUCCAACUCUAGCAGUCUCAGAGUUUGACUAUGAAUAUGAAGUGUUACGUCUAUCAAAACAUUUGUUUGAGUUCCAUAGGACACAAUAAAUAGGUUGAAGUCUAAGAUAUAGCUGGGGUAAGGCAAACCUACCAUUCUCACCAGACAUUGGGAUCCCUGAGUGUAGGAGCUUAGUAUCUCCCAUGUCAGUGAACAUCUCACAUUUGGUUCUAUGGGUAAAACCCCCCCACUGCACUUAAGAACAAGGUUGCAGUGGAAGACAACCUGUCAAGCCACCAGUGGGGAUACCAUGGGAGCUGCAGUGGUCCAGACAUGCAUAUAUGUCAACACUUCCAUCCCUUCAGGCUGUAUUUGUGGGAGAGGCUUUUCUCUCUCUCAAUUAUCUAUGCAGGUUCUGAGUUGGAAGAAGGGAAAACAUUCCUUGUUUCAUUGUUGGUAUGGGUUUGUGUUUUGUUGAGGGGAAUGAGAGGGUGGCUAGGUGUGAAAAAGCCAGAUUGGCUCUGUUGCCUUUUCCAGAACAAUGGUCUCAGUGCUGGUCUGAUGGUAUGGAGUGGUCAAGGUAAAUGCAGGCAUGUAAUGGAACUGAAGAAAAUAGGGGAAGUGAUCAGUCCCCUCUUUGCUCAUCAUGUGAUGCUCCCUUCCCAAAUUAAUGACAAACAGAAUAGUAUUCCUUUUUAAACUUUAUUUAUUAAAUCAAUAAUAUAUACUUCAAUUACAUACACAAAUAAAGAAAAAGCAACGCAUUUGAAUGAAAAUUAAUCAUGGAUAAUACAAAUUUGGGUCAUUUCAUUCAGAAUCCUGGGGGGUAGGGGUGGGAAUAUUACUGAGAGGCAGUAAUAUUUUUUUUAAAUAUUUGUUUUAUUGUCUUCCAGGUCUUAUGAUAUUCACACUUAAAGCUGAAAAGUUAAUAAAUAUUCCAAAUACUAGUGUAUUUUGCAGGAAGCAUUUGAACAUUGCUAUCAUCAUCUGUUGUAAAUAUAUAUUACAAUCAGGAAGACUUGGCUUAAAUGUGGUUAUAGCCAUAUUUAUGUUUAUGGGUGUUUUUCUUUACCUUUGUGGAAUUUCACAUGCUCAGCUUCUUGUAUAAGCUGGCAUGCUGACACUUACACAUGCAUAUUUACAUGUUCCAGAGUCAUAGAUGGUUGGUAAAUUAAUGCUGAAUGUUCAGGCACCGGAAAUUCAUUUAUGUGUAAUGGCACAUUCUUGGAAUCCUGCACAGGCAAACAUGUAUUUCUCUUACAAAAAAGAAGAAGAAAAAGGCUGGCACAGUUAAAACUAAGGCUCUAAACAUUAAUGGUGCCAUUACUGUAUUCUUAGUUCAUCUAUUCUGUAGAAAUUGCCUUUCAUUUAGCUCUAUACAUUAGAAGUAGAUUUUUCUGUAUUAUAGCAUGUUAAUUGGUUAAUUUCAGUCAGAAAACCCCAGGGUUUAAUUAUCUCAACUUAGAACUAUAUUUGGGGAGGUUUUUAAAUGUGAACUGGGACACAUUGUCAUAUCAAAAUGUGAGUAAAAAAGAAUGCUAUGGGUGUUGAACUCACACUGUGGGUAACUUUCAGUGAAUUUAACACCCACAAACUUGUCAUGUCUCACAUACAGUGGUGCCUCGCAAGACGAAAUUAAUUCGUUCUGCGAAUUUUUUCGUCUAGCGAAUUUUUCAUCUUGCGAAGCACGAAAUCCCAUAGGAAUGCAUUGAAAAUCAAUUAAUGCGUUCCUAUGGUCAAAAAAAGUCCAAACAAAGCCAAAUUUGGUACAACAAGAGUUUAUUAAGUGCUCUUUAAAGUCACACAUACUGUAAAGAGCAUUUCAAAAUUCAAACCCAGAAUUUUUUUAAAAACAGCAGAGUUGCCCAAUGGUCACAGAAAAUCAUAAAAAUGCAGGAAAAAAACAAGCUUCCAGAUUCUUGCAAACCCCUCCCCAACUGUUCCCCCAGCCACCCAGCACACAGAAAUUCAAAUCCAGAAUUUUUUAAAAAAAAAACAGCAGAGUGGCCCAAUGGUCACAGAAAAUCAUAAAAAUGCAGAAAAAAAACCCACAAGCUUCCAGAUUCUUGCAAACCCCUCCCCAACACCAAGUCCUUGAAUUCCAAACACCCCAACCCAAAAUCCAAACCCCCCCAAAAAAGUUUUAAAAGCUUAACUUACCAAAUGGCUGCAAAAGAAGUUUUGGAAAAGCUUCAAAAAUCACCAAAGUCUUUAAAAACCUCAAAAAGGCUACUAUGUACACUGCGUUCUAUGAGUUGCUCCUCGAAGUCAAGUCGCAACUGUAUUAACAGUGUUAAGAGAAGGAAACAAACUUGCAAGACGUUUUCGUCUUGCGAAGCAAGCCCAUAGGGAAAUUCGUCUUGCGAAGCAGCUCAAAAAACGGAAAACCCUUUCGUCUAGCGAGUUUUCCGUCUUGCAAGGCAUUCAUCUUGCGGGGCACCACUGUAAUUCAACUGAUAGCCCUCUCCAAGUCCUGUUCUCCCGCUUUCAUCCUCCAGAUUUGUGCCACUUUGUGUCCUGUAUUUAGUUUCUGUGAGAAUUCAUUGUAGUUUUAAAGUAUGAAGACAGACUAAUGCUCUCCUCCCCUCUGCUGUAACAGAGAGAUAAGAUGCGUACUUGCUGCCAAUAUUUGAUUUUAAAAAGCCUCAGAGCAUAUACUUAAUUCCUAAGCUCUGUUAUUCAAUACUUGUUCAGUUCUUCUAGCAAAGCUUUGGAAAUAUGUACUUGCCUGCUCAUUUGUAGCAGUCAGAAUGGUCUUCAGGCAACCAAGCAUAACCUCAUCCUUACUUCUGCAUAUGAUUGUGCUCUCUCCUGCCAGAUGUAUCUACAAAUACAUCUUUCCAUUAUGUUUUUUGAAUUGGAACGAUUAAGUACUGUGCGGUGGCUGCUACAUCUGCAGUCCAGGUUUGAUACAGACAGGCUGAGUACCAACCUGACAGCACCAGUAGCUGUGAUUCUCCAGUUGAGUAAAUGCAGCAAUGUACUAUAGGUGUUUAUCAUGCAACUAGUGAGAUGGGGAUGGGUGGGAGGGAGGUACUAUUGUGUAUCUGUAUGAGUGGUGUUUUACUUUACCCAUUUUAUUAUUUCGAAGUGUUUAAUAUCUAACUUUUUUAAAAAAAAACACAAAUUGUGUAGUGUAUAUCACUCAGUUACUACUAUCUGGGGGAAGAGAAAUUAGGGCAAGCUCAUUGGCCCCUUCCACAUCAUUGCGUUCCCAUUACCAGAUUCAUCAUCUUCCACAUACUAGAAGUCUAUCAGGAAGCCUUCUGUGUUCAUGUAGGCUUCCCAUCUGAAGGAGUUUAGAAUGCUCUUCCGGGGAACUAACUCAAAACUUUUGAUAAAAUACUUUGGAUAAUAUCCAUUGUAAUCUGAACUUCUUAACAGAACAAAUAUACCACUUUGAAGAGGCACAAAUCAACUGCUUGAUUGGCUGUGGAGUAUGAGAUGUUGCAUACUAAGGUGGAAUAUAGUGAAAAAAACCUCAAAUAUUGUUGAAAUCUAAAAGUAUUUGUUUUGGAAAUUACAAACAGUGCUGUGCUUUUGUCAAGAAAUAUGCUUCUCUAAAAUACUCUGCUGUCCAACCUGCAUUAUAUUUUAACAUGAAUUAAACUCAUGCUUUUUGUAUCUUAGGUUUUCUAUCAAGACCCUAAUUGAUCGAUCCUGUUUUGAAACUAUUGAUGAUUCUUCUCCUGAAUUUAACAAUUUUGCAGCCAUUCUGGAACAGAUUUUAAGCCAUAGACUCAAAGGUAACUUUUCUGAUUUUAUGUUAUAUGGCACUGAAUCAUCUGCCUAUACAUUGCAAAUAUAAAUGAGGUUUAGGCUGUUUUAAUUGUUAUGGCUUCAUCAUAAAGAACAGACAUUUUAUCAUUCAGGCAUAUAUAUUUUAAUUGUUUAUUUCUCUUUCUGAUAUCUGUUUCAGGUCAAAUCACUUGGUUUGGUUAUGAAAGUCCUCGUAGCUUCUGGGAUUAUAUUAAAGUAGCUUGUCGCAAGGUUUCACAUAACUGCAUCUGUAGCAUUGAAAAUAUGGAAAAUGUCAGUUCUUCAAGAGCUAAGGUGAGAAGACUAUUCAUUUUUAAACUUUCUAAUUUAUAGCUGAUGUCCCUAUGCUAUUUGCUGCUGUUAAACAUUUUAUAUUGAUAGAUAUAUGCAAAAGCUUUCUGUGCUGGUUUAUUUUGAGGUAAAUUAAUGCUGUGAACAGGUCAGGAACCUUAUAUUUUAUUAAAGCCUGUAAGACUUGUUAUAUAACUUCACUCGUUCAUGAGUUUUUGAUUCUACCUUCUGUGAGGAGCCCAAGUGGUGUGUCUUUGUGGUUGCAUGUGUGUUUUGGAAAGCAAUAGAUGAUGUUACUGCUCUAACCAUGGGUCUGUAAACAUGAUCAUUGCUAUCAUCAAAAUGCUGUUUUAAAUACUGCAUUUGAUCAGAUCUCAUAACAUGAAAACUUUAGUAUGAAUCUUUUUCUGGUGAGUGUAGGUGUGUAUUAAUAUUUUGAGUUUCAUAUAACUGCAUCUCAAAGGAUUCUUAACUUGAAAGUUUCCAUAUGGUUUCCUGACAAAAACAGAAAUAGUACAAUAAAUUUUAUUUUGUAUUUCUUAACUUGUUAAAGCACAAAUGUAUUGUUCAUAACUUUUGGGGGGGGAAUGUAUGAAAAAUCUGUUAAACUGGUAGGACAUUGUAGCCCUGUGGAUGAAAAGUUAGCCAUUCUUGCACAUCUAUUACCUAUUUCCUACUUGUCAGGAACUUUGUUAACAAGCAGAAGAAAAACUUAGGUAAAAGCAGUGGUCACAACUUUCUUAAGCUUGGGUGGGUUGCAGGAAUAUGUUUUCUGUGAAGACUGCUGUUAGAUAAUUAUAUCUUGCUUCUCAGAUUAAUGAUUGUUUCUAGAAAAACAGUACUGAGUCUGAAUGAUAUAGCCCAUUCUACCACCUUAUUCUAUGGUAUAUGGAAACAGCCUGGUGUGUGUGUGGGGAGGUGUAUAGGACAAUAAUUUGUGAUAUUUUGGUUUGCCUAAAAAAGAUAAUGCCCUAGUAUUACCAUAUACGGUGCGCAGUGAUGUACAUUUAUUUAAGGGUGGAUGCAUGAUGCAGGCUGGGUUCACAUAUGGACUGUGUGGUGGCAUGCGUGAAUUGUUGGUUUGCAAGCCCCCUCCAUAGAGGCUGGCCCCUCUCACUGUCCUCGGAGCUUGCUUACCGGUAACCUCCUCUGGCUGAUAUCUCGGACAGACCAGGGAGAUUUUGAUAGGCGACAUUUUCCCAAGCGUGGGUAAAAUGCACAACCCCUCCCUCCUGCUUCCGCAGGGGAAAGAAAAUAAGUCAGAAAUCUAUUUACAUGAUGUUUAUUUCUGACGUUACAGCACUAGAGAAAAACACGUCCUUUCAGUUCAGUUCUUCUAGCACGUCUGACAAACUUCCUGAACAUGCACAGUCGGAAGGUUUCAAGUUACACUCUUCACAAAGACUUAUCCAGCCUGCGAACAUCCGGGGAAAUUCUUCUUUCCCACAGAUAGGCGCAUCAUGUGAUGUCAACAAUCUGGCUGUCUGCAGCUGUGAUGUUUCCAUAUACUGACAUGAAUAUGCAGGAGACAAGUGGUGAGAGUUCAGCUGUCAUCUGGUUUGGAUGACUUAGAGGAAACCGUUACUGCUCUGUGCUUUCAUUGUGCGUUGGCACUAACAAGUACUUGAAAGAGAUUGCUUUAAAAAAACACAAAAACCCACCCACCAGAAUUGCUUACAAUUCUGAGUACUUGCUUAUUUUUUAAUUUUUUUAAAAAAUGAAAUCUACUGGGGUUUUGCUGCAAUAAGAUUUGUUCACUUUAGACUUAAUUUGGGGAGAAAUGGACUGCAGGUGAAUGAUCACCAAGUGUGAAGCUUAUUGCUUUGCUUAUUGCUAUGUGACACUACUGUUUUCCUUCUGUCAGCUUGAAUGGUUUUCAGAGAUAUAAAUUGUAUCCAGUUGUUCAGUCUAACAAUACCUAAUUCAUGGCUGCUUCUUUUUCAGGGAAGAGCUUGGAUUAGAGUAGCGCUUAUGGAAAAGCAUUUGUCUGAAUAUAUUUCCACAGCUUUGAGAGACUUCAAAACAACCAGGUAUUAAUCUCCUUUAUUCAACAAAAAAUUGAAGUAUAUUUCAAAAGUUCAUCUGUGUAAUUCUUUUAUUACCCCAACAUUUGUUCAAUUAUUGGGACUUAGUCAUUUUUCACUUUUCAUCUUUUCACUUUUUGCGCUAAAAAUGAUUAUAGAAGGAAGGUCCUGAUCAGCCAGAUGUUUAUCUUCUCCCUCCCCAGCUGGCUCACUUUGACAGAUGGGUGGGACAUCAUCUGAUAUUACAGUCACAUCAGGUCACUGAUAUGUGGAUGGACCCACCCUCUUGUCAGAGUUGACUUACAUUGGUGGGGGUGAGGACAGUAACCAGAAAAGCAGCAGCUAUCAGGAUGAAACUCAUCAAUUCAGUCUCUGCAGGUUUCUGAGCAGGCUUUAACACACACACCCCAUCAGUUGAUGAGUGGGGGGUAAAAUUUUGCUGCCUUGUGGGGAACUGGUGUGCACAAACAACACGGGAUUGAACCCCACCCUCAUCCAUAAUCUGACAUCACCUGCCCAUUGAAGAGAUGUCAGUGGAUUGACUGGUGGGCAUGGUUUUUGGAAAAAUGGUGUUGCGGGCCAAAUUGGAUCCCCUGCUUUAUAUAGUGAUGGAAUACCGAAAUCUAGCACAUGCUGGAUAAUAUGUUUCUUUUUUAGAGUAACACUUUAUACUGGCCAGUUGAUUUGAUUAAAUAGGGUUUAACACUUGUGUGCCCAUUUCACAAUAUCCUUGAAAACUAUGGGAAGAGUUGAGGUUCCUGUUGCAGUAUUGAGCAAAGUAGUUGUGUUAACUUUGUAAAUAUGAAAUUGCUAGCUGACAAUGCUGAUUGUUUAGUUUGUCUUUAACUUUGUGUAGCUAGCAUGUCACUAAAAUGGCAGAGAGUAUAACUGAACUGGAAAUUAAUCUUAUAGAAGAUUCUAUGAAGAUGGAGCAAUUGUCCUUGGAGAAGAAGCAAACAUGCUAGCUGGUAUGCUGCUGGGCCUCAAUGCUAUUGAUUUCAGGUAUUGCUGUGGAUUUAAAACUUUUCUGUGGUAUAAGGUUGUUGAAGUAUGAGGAAGGGAAGCUUAUGAAAUUUGGCAUUGGAAGUAACUCUAAAAAUUCAUAAACUUAUUUUGUUCCAUAUAUAAUUAAAGGAUUUGUCUUCAAUUUUUGGGUGUCCUAAAAUGCCAGUCUGAAACUUGUAUCCUGUUUUAAAUCUAGUUUAUUGCACGGUACCUUUUCAUUAUGUUUUUAGUUGUAGAGUUGAGCAUAUAAGUGCAGUUACAUGCUCAGUAUUCAGGAAGUUAGCUUUGCUGAAUGUCAUCAGAAGAUGGGAGGAGUGUCUUGUUUUUCCAAGGUAAAACUGGAAAUCUACACUAAGUGUUACAUCAGAUGUAACACUAUGCUGUGAUUUAGUAUUAUGUUAACCUUCGCAAGCUUCAGACUUACAUGCUCCCUUCUCCUGGCACUCUUGCAAGGAGGAGAUCAGAAGCAUUUGCUUCCUAGUUUUAAACUGACCACAGAUCCCAGUUGAGAGAACUGUGAUUAAACAAUGGUUCAUGAACAGCUAACAUUAUAAACCAUAUGUUUGAUCCUGGCUUGUCUGAACUACCCACAAUUUCUGCAACUUCAGAUAAAGUGGGGAGCUGUGGUUAAUUUUAAAACUGAAAGUCUCCUUGGGGCUGCAUCAAAGGAAGAAAGGGGAGGGUGUGUGUGCAAGUUUGAGAGUCAUGCAGAUUUAUUCAUGGAGUGCCAAGUCAUAAUUUAGUGUUAUGCUCAAUCAAUCCCUAUUCUGGGACUAAGGGUUUUCUGUUUGCCACUCAGCGCUUUAUAGUAACCAUAGCUAUCUGUUAUAUGGCAGAAUUAAAUAGUUCCUACUAAUAUCUCCUCAGUUUUACCUUUGAGAGUGGUAACAUCAAGUACAAUACAAUAAUUGUAUUGAUUUUUUAUAUAUUUAUUGAAAUAAUUAUAGACUGCACUUUCAUUUAAAAUAUCACAAGAAUUCUUUCUUGAUUCAACACAAGCCUAACUCUUCAUUACUGAAAAUAGUUUCCAUAUCUCAUGUAUACUGGCAAUUUUGGGAGAAAAUCAAAUUAUAUGCUAAGGUUAUUUAGUAUUACUAUCAUUUCAUUUUCUUGAUUUAAUAUGAUUACUGAUUUCUUGCCUUGUAUAAGCUUCUGCCUCAAGGGAGAGGGCCUGGAUGGCAACUAUCCAGCUGUGAUAGACUUCACACCUUACCUGAAGUUCACCCAAAGGUACCUUUUUAUUCUCGUAAUUUCCUCUUGGCUGUAAACUUUAACUUACACCAGGCUAGCUUUACAUUUAUUUAUCACUUCAAACACUUCAAAGUGGUUUUCUGCUUGUCCUGUAUGUGGGUCCGAGUGGUUUUGCCUUUGCCCCACUGUUUCCCCCCAGAAAACCUCCUUAAUGCGAAAUUGGAACUAGCAGCAGUCUGCAGAAAACCCAACUGAUGUUUGUUCUGAUUCAGCACUAAACCACAAGUUUUCCCAGGGGAAAGCGGUGGUGCAAACAGAAGUGUUGUGAACUGCCUUGAGAUCUUCAAAUGAAGAGCAGUAUACUAGAUAAAUAAAUGUGUGACUGAACCCUAAUACUGAGUUCCCAGUGUUUUGCACAAGGGAGAACUUGCAACUUCUUGAUGCGUGUGUAACAGAUUUGAACAAUUGCAUCCAACUCUAGUUAGGGAUCUCUUCAACAAUGGCUUGCAUUUCUAAAGCAGUGUAUAGAUCUUUCAGCUGAAUUUUGCAACAAGCUGUUCUUGGUUCUCAAACUUGGUCCUUCAGUUCUGACAGCAUCAGUAGUGAUGAAGAAGAGCUAAGAACUCUUGGCAGUAGUGGCAGUGAAAGCAGCACACCAGAAAACAUUGGUCCUCCUUUCAACAUGGAUGAGAACAGCUGGUACAACAAAUGCAAACGGGUGGAGCAAAAAUACCGCCUCACACUGGAGCAGAAGGUAAAACCUUACUUUGGCUGAAAGAAGCUGAAGAUAUUUGGUGUGUUACAAUUGUAAAUAGAAAAUGUUAGAAACUUUAUUUUAGAGAAAUUUGUUCUUACCAUUGGAAAAUAAUUGCUUUAUUUUGGUAUGACUUUCCAGAUACGGAAACCUUCAGACAUGGCUGCUUUAAACAAAAAAGGAGCUCACUAGAAGUAUUUCACAUUUACUUUCCUCUUGCUGUAAAAGCUCACAACUAGCCUAAUGGUAGCACAUGACGUCAAUAUAGAUUAUAUCUCCCAAAAUAAGAGUGCUUAGGAAGGACUCGGAAAAUAGUAGAUUAUCUUUCAUUUUAAAGAAGAGCAGAAAAAAAGAUCAAAGACUUGACAUACCAUCUAGAGAAUAGAAGCCUCUAGGAUGCAUCUCUUUACCCUGGCUUUUGACACUUGAGAUGUGUAUUUUCAAGACUCACCCAUUUGUUUUGCCUGCUCUUAAUACUGAAUUUUAAAUUAUUGUAACCCUGGAGCCUGCUGGUGAAGGGUGGAUAGUGAAUUUAAUAAAAAUGAUGAAGUUGAUGUCACUCUGUGCAAAUAUUGGGUCUGGCGAAGGAACAACACUGUUGUUUUGGCAAUUCAUCUGUGCUGAAGCCAUGGUUUAUUCCACAUCUCCCCUCUGCACCCAUUGAACUUAAGCCUCAGCCACUGAUAGAAGUAACUGUGCUCAAAAACACUUUAGCUAUAACUACUAAAUUUAAAAGACGCUUUGACUAUGUUUUAGUAAAAGUGGCAGGUACUUUUUGAAACUACUAAUUCAAAUUAUUCCCAAAACAAUUACUCCUAUCGCCUGAGUUGCAAAUCUAAAACACUAAAAGUAAUGUGGAAUGAAAGUUGCAGAACUUUUUCUUCUUCUUGGAUGUUUUGUGUCAUGUAAGAACAUAAAACAGAGGAAGAGCCCUGCUGGAUCAGGGCUGAGGUGCAUCUAGUCCAGCAUCCUCACAGUGGCCAACCAGACAAAGCAGGCAUAUUAACAGAAAACACCAUGGAAGCUUUCCCACCCUUCUGGGGUAACUGCAGCUUUCAUUGGUCCAGCUGAACUAUUACAAUAUUCUGAGUCCCAGCUCCUUUAGUAAAACUACACAUUAAACACGUUCCUGGCAACACACUAUAACAAUUGGAAGGCUGCCACACCUCCUGCUAUUAAUGGCAGAUGUAUUCCCGACAUGUUAAUAACAGAACUGUACUGUAUACAAAACUACUUAUUUGUUAAACAUAAUGAUUUAAAUAGUUUUUUUUAUUGAUAGUUAAUUACCAAAGAAUAAGUUUUAACAUUUUCUAACUACUUGUUUCAAGAAGUAUCAAAUGCAAGAGAGCUCACCAAAAUACUUUAAAAAUAAAUUUUAAAAUAUUAGUUGCUUGGUUUGCAAAUUUUGCAGUACAAUUAAUACUUAUGUGUUUCUAGGGUUAUCUAGAAGAGCUAGUACGCCUUAGAGAGACCCAACUGUCUGAAUCCAUCUCUCAGAAGAAGUUAUUGCGUCAGAAGGUAGAAGCUAUGGAUUUGGCUCAUAAAAUGGAAAAGGAACAACUUGAGUACAUCAUUGUGGAACUGCAAGACCAGCUGUAAGUUGGAUGCGGUGCAGAGAACUUGAUGGAGAAGUAAUGUUUUUUGAAUAAUACUGUAGUUUUUUGGUCAUUAUAUGAAAAAAUCCAGCUCAUAUGUUAAUCAAAUUAAUGUAGUUCAGUUACAAAAACUGAAAUUAUAUUAGAAAAUCCUUGGGGGGAAAACCAAUUUUUUAUUUAUUUCCAAAAAUGUAUACUGCCCACUAUUAAAAAAAAAUCAUGGCAGUGAACAGCAUAAAAUACACAAUAAAAUUACAUUCAUAAAACAAGUACAAAAUACAUCACAAAUAAAUCAAAUUAAUACAUCAGCAUAGCUGGAUCACCCCUCAGGGAAAACUUGGGUUAAGAUUUAAGCAGGUGCCUAAAUGUCAGUGCUGUAGGUGCCUGCCUGAUGUUCAUUGGAAGCAUUUUCCAAAGGACACAUGUCACCACACAAAAUGUCCUCAUCUUAGUGGACAUAAGAUGAACUGUAGGAGCAUACAAAACAACUAAGACUGCCUCUCUUGAAGACUGAUGUACCUGGCCAGUGGCAUACAAAGUAAGGAGUUCCCAGAGGUAACAGGUUCCAGGUUGUUCACGGCUUUAUAAGUCAAUAACAAGACCUUAGACUUGACUCGGUAGCAUAUUGGCAGCCAGUGUAGCACUUUGAACACAGGUGUUAUGCACUGUUGAUAGGGCAUCUGCUAUAACAACCUUGCUGCAGAUGCCUUAUCCAGUCUUAAGGGAAGGCCCACAAAGAGGGCAUUGCAGUAAUCCAAUCUAAACUGAAUGCCUGGACUACAGUAGUUAAGCUAUGCUAAGCUAUGGUAUCUACCAGUCCAGGAAUAGUUGGAGCUGUUGCGCCAGCUGACAUCCAGUAGCAGUUCUAAGCUACACACCUGCUUCUUCAGAGGGAGAGUAACCUCACCCAGAAGAGGCAGCUAACCUAUUUUCUGAAUCUGGGAACCUCUCGCCUACAGAGCUUUUACCAGCUUUCUUUAUUGGUCCUCAUCCAGCCCACCACUGUUCCCAGGAACUGAUCCAGCUUCUGUGCCAGAUGCCACCUGAGUCAGAUGUUUUGGAGAAGUAGAAUUGGGUGUCAUCAGUAUACUGGGUGCCAGCAACAUGUUGACACUGUGUUCCAAAUGGCUUCUGCUCCCAGGAGAUUGGCCAAUAGAUUUCUCUGAAUGGGUACAAAUUUUUUCAUAUCACAAGAACAAAUACAAGGACAACAUAGCAAUCUGAAUUGCAUGAAAAAGAUUGCCCUAGGCAAAAGUUACUCAUCUUAUGACCUCUGUGGAAACUGCAGAGGCCACCCUUGUAAGCUCCCAAAGUUCUUUAAAAGCAUAAGCCACUGUCCCUUUCUUUCAGCUAAUGCAGGGGCACAGGUUCCAGUGGGCAUGUGGGCCACUCACUUGUCAAUCACUUGACAUCACAUCAGGUGACCUGUUUUUGCCUGCGUAGUUUGAAAUAAAGCUAUACAGAUAAAGACCCAGCACUGUCCACUGAUACUGAGGGCUUGCAAGGGUCUGUGAAUGGGGCUCUGCACAGGGCUGCAAUCCCCUUUGGGCCCAGUCUUUGCCUGCUUUGUAGGGCAGGUGAGCAUGGCUUUGUCAAAACAACCUUCCAGAAGAGGUUUGGUGAGUCUGUUUAGGCCUGUGCUAAUGGCUUCCCUGUCAUUCCCCAUGUUGUGGGAAUGGGAUGUAUUUCUUCUUAAGAGAUCUAGAGAGGGUUUUCCUUUAGUCUGUUGCCAGUUGUUGGAAUGAACAUAUCCUAGACUCGAGGGCCUUUCAGAAGAGUCACUCAGAAUAAACUGGAAUAGGAAUGGAAUCUCUGCCUCAACAUAUGGAUUCCAUAUUCUCCAAUAAAAGUGUAUAAACAACUGCAUACUAAUUUCCAUAUUAUGAUGUAUGUGUAAGAUUAAAAGGUAAAGGGACCCCUGACCAUUAGGUCCAGUCGUGACCGACUCUGGGGUUGCGGUGCUCAUUUCACUUUACUGGCCGAGGGAGCCGGCGUACAGCUUCUGGGUCAUGUGGCCAGCGUGACUAAGCCGCUUCUGGCGAACCAAAGCAGCGCACGGAAACGCCGUUUACCUUCCCGCCAGAGCUGUACCUAUUUAUCUACUUGCAUUUUGACGUGCUUUCAAACUGCUAGGUUGGCAGGAUCAGGGACUGAGCAACGGGAGCUCACCCCGUCACGGGGAUUUGAACCGUGACCUUCUGAUCGGCAAGUCCUAGGCUCUGUGGUUUAACCCACAGCGCCACCCGCCUCCCUAUGUGUAAUAUUGGGUAUAAGCUAUUAUUAUUAUCACCCUUCAUCCAAAGAUCACAGGGUAGGUAACAACCUAAAAAUACAAAAUAAGAACACAAAAUACACAAUAAAACAAAAAACAAGCCAGCAACCCCCCUCCCUGCCCACAAACCUAUUUAAAGGGCCAUAGAAUGUUAAUCAGCCUAAGGCCUGGUUGAGGAGAUGUUUUCACCUAUUGCCUAGAGAUAUGUAAUGAGGGUGCCAGGUGACCCUCCCUGAGGAGAGCAUUCCAGAAUGGGGAGCCACUGCAGAAAAGGCCUGUUCUCAUGUUGCCACCCUCUGGACUUCUUAUAAAGGAGGCUCAUGGAGAAGGGCCUCAGAUGGUGAUUUCAGGGUCCAGAUUGGUACAUACGGGUAGAGGUUAAAGCUAUUCUAGCUUUAGAUAAGACAUUGCAUGUGACUCUUGAGAUAUUUUUCUUGGCAGGUUUACUUACCUUGGACAAUGUAUAAAGGUUUGACUUAUUAGAUACUUCAUUUUGAACAACUUUUAAUUCUCAUUCAAAUUUAAAAAUACCACGUUAUUAGAAAUUUGUCAAAUAUUUGUUAACUGAGAUUGAUGACACCUAAGUGCUGUAGUUAUAGUUGCAGUGAUACUUAGGUAGAUAUGUAAUAUUUUCUUCUUUAUAUAAUUUUAUUAAUUUUUCAUUAAUAACAAUCCAAUGUAGAUCACAUUAAUACAAUACCAAAUCAUAAUUCAGUUAAAAAAGCCAAUUGUCAGAUUCCAAAUUAAACAUUUUGGUCGACUUCCCAAAGUUAUGUUGACUUCCCAUGUUAGGAGAUUUUUAGGAGAUAUUGAUUCCUUGUUCCCACUCCAAUCUCCUUAUUUAAUCCAAAUAAUACAGUUCUGAUGCUGGUCCUUUAUUUUAACAGCUACUGAUGUGUUGACUUUUGUUCAUAUUUAUCCUUUAAUUUGCAAGUGGACUUUAUAUCUGGUAACUCUGUGUGGAAUGUUUUUUUUUUUUUAAAGUUCAACCUUCCUUUCUUGUUGCAAUCAAUCAUUUUCAGCAUUUCCCCCCCGCCCCCACUCCAAGGACUCAAUUUUACUGCGUAGUGACCUUUCACCAUCUUGCUUUUCUUAAAACUGAAAGUGGUCUACAGUCUGGCCAUUACUCCAGCCUCACUUCCAGCGUUUUCUUUGAAUUCUUUCCCAUCCAAUAACAAGCUGAUAUCUUAUCAACACCAUAGUAAAUCAAAGUUCAAGUCCUCCAUAGGAGGGUAUUGUCACAGAACAUCCCAAUAUUUUCCACACAGUUCCAUUUUUUCAAUUAAUCCAUAAGCAUUAUAAAGUCCUUGUUAAUUCCCUCUUGCAGUCCAUUAUUAAUUGCAAUCCAUUAAUAAUUGCAAUCCAUUAGUAGCUAAUUUUCUUCUUUGGUGAAGAGUUGCCAAAUCAUAAAACAGCAUAGUGAAUAUGUACUGUACUGUUGAAAGAAAGAAAAUUUUUAAUGCCCCUUUAAAAGUAAUUUUUUUUUUUACUGGCUUCUUAGAUCUCAGGGGGUUCUCAACUAAAGACUUGAGCUAGUGCAAGCAGAUUCCACCCCAUGUCCCCAGAUCUGAUUUAGAGAUGCAUGAUGGAAGGAGAUGGAGAGAAGGUUCAAUAUUCUUAAGGAAAUAUGUUGAUCUUUCUUAAAACUAUAUAUAGAAUGUAUUUCAUGCAUAGUGUUUUGUUUAGCUGCGUCACCUUUUCAUGUAAUAUGUGCUUACAAAUCAUGUGCUGUGUGACACUUGUAGAAUCUGAGCUUCUAGCCAGAAGUGGGUAGAAGGUUAAAGUUAAGAUAAAAUUUGUUCCAGCCUUUUUACUUUCAUAUAUCAUUUUAAAGAACAUGACUACUCAUGUGAUUCAUCCUUUUUCUUCUUUUUAAGACAACCCAGCUUGAUUUUUAUCACCUGUCUCCAGUUAUGAUGAUAAGAACAUAAUGGCCUGCUGGAUCAAGCCAAUGACCCAUUUCAUCCAGCAGUUUGCUUCCACAGUGGCCAGCCAGAAGGUUGCUGGAAGCAGCAGCUCAUAUUUGUCACUAGUUUGGCAUAUUCUGAAUUUGAACAUACUAAAUCCAAGUAACAACCAAAAAAGCCCCCCUCCCUUUAUUUUGCAUUAUCUGUAUAUAAUUAGAAUUACAUUCUAGAUACAGUUCUGGCACCUAAAUAUUCAUCUCAUCAUUUGAUCUUAAACAGGAGUGAGCAGCUUAAAUGAUAAAGAUUGUGUCAGUGGGGGCCAUUCUAGAAUGCCUUUCACAAGCAAGAUGUGCAUAAUAAAAUUGCCUUUUUUCUUUCUUAGCCCAUGCUUUAGAUGCUUGGUGCAGCUCUAUGUGGACCUCUGGUUAAUUGUGAUGUUAGCUCUUUUAUUAGCAUUUUUUUGAUACUGCAUUAGUCAGAUUGUUGUGAGUCAUGGUUUACUUAAUCUUUUUAGCUGCGUAGCUGUAAUACUCUGGAGAAUAUACUGCCAUAGUUGCUUUGCAUGUAGGUAUAGUCACUGUAAGAAGAUAAUGGGCUUUAAAGAUCUGAGUGGCAGACAAUAUUCAUACAUAUAUAUAUAUAUAUAUGUAUAUAUAUAUAUAUAUAUAUCUCAGAAGAAACAGUAGAUAAUAUUUGAUUGGUUAUUUAACAGCAGUUAAGCAGCUAAGUUAGUAGAACGCUAUCAGGUGCAUGUUGAGAGUUUCUUUUUGAAAAUGUGUUAAUGAAGUUACCUUUUGCUAGCAUAUUCCAUUGAAACAUUAAAAGUAUGUGUUGUUCAUAUAAGAAAAAGACAAUUUUAAAAGCAAUCUGUCAGGUCUUUUACCUCUACUUCAGAUUUUCCUUAAAGGAAUAACUUAAGAAUGGUAGGGAACAGUUGUUUGAAGCUAAUGGCCAGUCAAACUCCCCCAGGUACUCAGAACUGUACUGAAAAUUUAAGUGGUAGCGCAGAACAUUCUGUACUUGAAACAGAUGCUUAGCAACAGUUGCACAUGCUGUUAGCGAUUUGAAAAAUGUGUAAUUGGUACUUUGGCAGUUUCUGUUAUGAUUGGGAGGUGUGAAGGAUAGAUCACAGUUCAUGGAAAGCAUUGUCUUUUAAAACAUGACUAUGACAUAUUUGUUAAAAAUCCAGUAUUAUUUUUUUACUAUAAAUGUCUGUUCUGAUUCCCUUUGCUCUUUGUCCUCAACUUUGAUCUCGGCAGCUAGCCACUAAAUGCCAUGGCAUUUGAAUCAAUUCAGACUGUUCAGGCUGUUUUUCUUUGAUAGAGGUUUAAAAAUUAAAUAUGGUUAUGACUCACUGUCAGUGUGACAGAAGAGAUUUAAAAUUACAGGCAGGGAUUUAAACUUAAAUGUGAUUACAUGACUCAUUAUUUGAUGAAACUGCUUGAUUUAAAAAAAAGAUAAUGCCAGAAAUGAAACCCAAAACCUUAAUCCUCAACUGUGUCCUAUACAUAAGAGGUAAUGUAAAUGGCAUAGUAUUUUAAAUGCUCAACAUUUUAAAAUUAUUUACAAAAGUAUACUCAGUAGUGACAGAAUUCAUAUGACGAUCAUGGUCUAAAAUUGUGAACAGCCUAAAGCAUUCCUGUUCAGUUGAAGAAUCUAGCCCUUAAGCAAAUUUUUAGAAAAAAUCUCUGAAACAGAUUAUACAGAAAAUUGUCAAAAUAAUUGCAUAAAAAUAUUGCACAUUAAAAUUGAGAAGAUAAGAUACGACUUUAAAUGCAGUUAAGUUGUAACAGUUUGUAUAGUUAUAAAAUGGUGAAUGCAAGUGUUUGCAUAUUAAAGCUGGAAAAUAAAGCUGGUCUACUUCUGAGAGUGGCACUCAGGCAUAAAAAGCCCCAUUAAUUUGUUUUUGAUAACCAGGAAGGCUCAAAUAUAAUAAUAUUUGUAGGAAUCUGUGAAAAGUUGUGUUUCACUUGUGUUCUUGUGAGUAAGGAUAUUAAUCUGUAUGAAUAACAUUUAUGUUCUGCCCUACCCCAGUCAGUGGGGUGGGGGCAAUACCUUAAAUAUAUAAACUUGGCCAUCUACUUUAUUAUCAGGGAGUUUUACCUGGACACAUCCUCUUAUGAUCUGAUAUUAUCAAGACCAGGUGCAUGUCUUAUGUCUUCAAGACUUUGUUUAGUGGGCCCAACACUCUCCCAUUAGAAAGCAGGCAGGCACUAUUCCUGUUAAGUUUCAGAAUCCAGUUUAAUUUUUUUUAUUUCAAAAGGCCUUUGAAUUAUGAACACAAUUUUAUGUUGUUUUCAACGUUUUAACAUAUCUUUUGAAUUUCUGUGUAUGGUAUGGUUGAGGCAUAUAGUGAAAAGCUGCAAUUGAUUGCAUAGAAUAAGCCCCCCUCUGAAGAAGAUGUUAGAUUAUUCCAUUGCUGCUGGCCAGCAGUAUUAAGUUUCUUGGGAUUUGCUGCAUCUUCGGCUUUGCACAUUCUUCCAUGGCAAAAAGAGCCAAGCAAGCUCUUUUCAUUUUUGCCCAGUUUGCCUUCACCAGUCAUAGAUCGAGAGAUUGUUUUUGUGAUAUAGAUAUUUAAUGAAUUUGGACUGCUUUCUGUACAAAUCUCAGGUACAUGAAAAAUCAUUGGCAAUUGGGCGGGGGGGGGAGAGAAUCCUAAUCCUUGUUCUGACUAUACUGUAUUCGUUUAAUUUCAUUAUAUAUUUUUUAUUGUUGAUUUAGGAUUCCUUAUCCUGAAAUCAGCUCUUACAGAUGUUGGUUUUGCAUAAGAGGAAUGUGAAAAGGGGGAAACAUAGCUUGUGGUAAUAGCAGGGAACAGGUGUAUUUGUUUAUGAUUAAGAUUUACUGGUUAAUCGCAGAUUGACUUUAUUGAUCUUGCUUGAGGUUAGAUGGCACCUUGGGGUUCUUAUUUAGAAGCCAUCUGGGCAUUGAGUGAUUUAUAAAUUUAUAAAUAAUGAUAUGCCUUGUAUGUGCUGCUUCUCUGGGUUUGCACAUUCUUCUGUACAAUUCUCUGUUCCUACUUUUUGCUGUUUUACAUUACAAAUACAUUGCCAGGUUUUGAGCAGAUACUCAUGGUGUCAUUGUUAUCCCCCUUUAACCAGAUAGUGUUUUGAGUAACUUCAACAGGGUUACUUUUUUGUUUUCUUUCCUACCCCUACAGAGGAAGCAGUUUUUGCUUAAAUAUUACACUGCAAUGGGGAUGUAUGGGAUGUUAGAGGAGGCUUUCUGAGCAGACGAGACCAAUGGUGGGUCCAACCAUCAAGAAGGUGGUUUCUGCAUGUGCUGUAGAGGGAAGUGUGGGGCAGAUGGGGCUCAUCAAUCUGGGAAGGUAGUAAAUCCAGGAGAAGGAAAGCUCUGAUCCUAAACCGCUGCCUUGUGGGAUACAUUCAGGAGAAGAAAAGGCUAAGGAGUAAAACCUGCACAAAUACUGAGUGGAGUCCCUAAGACGGUUGGAUGGCUCCUUGUACGCCUCCUUCCGGCAACUCCUGCAGCCAAGCUGGUGCUAAAUGUAUUGCUCUGCUUUCCUUUGGACCACAACAGCAAGGCCAAGGUCUUGUCACUCUGGACCUCCAUACACACUGCCCAAGCUUGCGCCCCGAGGCGCACUCUGUUGUCUCUUGAGACAGAUGGGUGCCAGAAGCAUUGCAAUAUAAUGUUACUAAAUGGCCAAUAGUAUGGGAUGAAGAAUGAGUAAAAGGGCAUUUGAAAAUCUUGCAAAUAAAUAAAUAAAUAAAUGAAUGAAUAUUUUUCUUCUGAAAACAAGCACAUAUGUGAAAGCCCAUGUUGCCUGAUGUGUAACAACAUAUAAAGGAUUCUUUAUGGCAAAACAUUGUGUGAAUAUUAAUCCAUUUUUACACGCUUUGUAUCACUCCGAAGUUCAAGCUGGUUUAUAAAAAUCAAAAUCUAGUGCAAACCUAAGAAUAAUACCAAUUUAAAAUACAAUAAGGAAAAUGGUUCAAAACAGCACUGCAAAAUAGCCUUAAACAGCCCAACAUCUAUCUGCAAUUAAACCCGCCAAUGUUCUUACUAAAUGUAAAGUUUUUACCUUUUUGACUGAGACUUUUUGUGGAUCCAAUAGGAAGUACUGAAAGCACACGGGUGCCUAUGGGCGCCAUGUUGGAAACCCAUGCCUUAGCAAAUUAAAAUGGUUUUUCCUGGCAUCUAAAAUCAAAGUAGGUUCAAAGUAAAUAUGUUUGGAGAUAACAUACAAUCAGGGUGCUGCAACAGAUAACCACUGCCCUUGUGAUCACCACCUAAUCCCAUAAUAUAUGGCAUGUGUAUAUUAAACUACUAAUAAAUUUAUCAUGGCUACUACUUGCAGAAAAACGUAUUAAUCUGACUUAAUAGUAUGUGGGAAAAUUAUUUCCAGGAUCAGUAUUCCUGUGAAGCAGCUUCUUCUGGUGCCAGUUUCCCUCCAUAUGUAUAUCAUUUUUAAAAACAAAACAGGAUUGGGCACAUUGUAACUUUUAACUGCAGACAUGAGCGCAUAUUAAGUUAAGGCUACAAUGAGUACCAGUUUACAUAGAAGUAAGUUCCAUUUUGAGUAGACCUGUACAGUGUAGGUUUGUACUUUAAGGCUAGGUUUAUUAUUUUCGGGAAGCAUACAGAUACAUGUCAGCAAUCUGAAUUUAGUCUUAAAAUAGCUAUGAACAAUUGAAAUGUGGAUUUGGUAUGUAACAGUUGGCAUAUUUGGAGCCACUUGCAGAAACAGCCUCAUCUUGGCUUACUACUUGUGGCUUGUUUGGGAGAAACAAAUCAUGAGCACUGCUUCACACAUAAUGCUAAGCCAAGCCUUGUUUGUUUGCUCUGUAUGUAGGCAAAGUAGAAUAGAAGCAACUGAGCAGCAUAUACAAGCACUUCUUGUUCAUCGUAGGCCAGGGCUGGGGCCAAAUUUGGAACCUCCAGGCUGUUUUGUGCAGGCCUUGCCCACCAGCCCUAUAUACAGUGCCAUGGUUUCUAUGAAUUAGUGCUGUGUAAGAUAAGACUACUGAUUUAUAUUUUACAUGUAUACCCAGAACUUUUGCCUAAUCUCUUUUAUUUUCUGUUCCUUGGGGAGACUGGUAACAAGUCUCCCUAGAGUGACAAUUCUGGGAAAUACCCUGAGCAGAAAACUAUGCUGCUUGUCAAUAACUAGAAUUCUACUAUUGUCAUCUCCUCCAUAAAUCCGCAGUCUUGGAUUCCCUUAGUUUGUUGGGUUUUUGUUUGCUAUUGGGAGUUCUGACACUAUACUAACAUGUAGUUAGAGGCAAAUAACACACCACAUGCAUCGUUGCAUGGGCUCACAUCCAUGACAUUUGAAAUUUCAACAGAUUUGAGUCAUCAAGGUGGUGCUGACAACUCAUUCCAUAGAGAGGGGAUAUGUGAAGGAGAUUUAUCCAAUAGGAGAAUUCAUAGUACUGGUAAGUAAUCAAGCUAUGGCUGUACUGUUAAGUUAAAAACACUCCCAGUCUUUCCCCAUGUUAAAUACUUUCCCCACUGUGAAGUAUAUCUGCUUUUGAUCUUACAGAAAUGACACUUUUCCUGUAACUUUUCUGACCUGAGAUGGUGAAUUUAUUUUCAAAAUGAUACAAAUUACUUUUUUACUUAAGUCACUUUCUCUGUGUCUUUACUCUUACUUGGCUUUCUUGCUGGGUUUUUUUGCCUAUGUGUCAGGUAUAACUCAUAGGUAAUACAUUGAGACACACAUAUAGACCCCAAAUUAAGUAUUUUUCUUUACAGUAGUAGAAGUAAAAUUGCACAGUGCAAUAUAACCAACCUGUUUAGGAGGUACACAAUGCAGUUUUUGAAGAAAACCACUAGGAAAUGAAACUACAUUAAGCUUGCCAUGAGUAACUGUAUGGAAACCUUCAUUAACACAUUUUUUCUUUCAGUUUUGCCCCAGAAAAGAAUUAAUAUAAAGUAGCACUUAAAAUUCUCUACUUGGUUUGUUUUCCAGGAUGAAAUAAAAGUGAAAAACAAUAAGUACUUCAGCUGCAAUGCAGCUGUUAACAGCUUUUUUGUACCUUGUGUAGUUCUAUUGACAACCACACUUCUGCUUGAAAGAAAUGUGAAAUUGGACUUUAAUUUGGACUCUCCUACAGACUGCUGAUAUAGGCAGAUCAAUUUGCUUUAGAGCUUAAUACCUUGAUUUUCUUCUUUUGUAAAAGUUAUAAAUUAAGAACUUAGAACUUGCGCUAUUUGCUGUUUAAGAAGUAGUAUUUAACUCAUUGCUUUUAUUUCUACAUUAUUUGCAGUUCACUGGUCAUCUUGCAUACUGUAGUGUAAGUCUCUCUCUGUACAGUUCCUUUCAGUUUUUUGUUUUGUUUUCAGUACUAACAUUCUGAUUGAGAAAUCUCCUAGGAGGAAAGGUGCUUUAAGAAUAGCAUGCUAGCAGGUGAUCUUCCAAGAAUGAGCCUAUUUUCUUCCUGUGAUUUAAGACAUUACUUCUAAUGGCAUCAAAUUCACUGUGUGUUCACAGAACUGUGCUAAAGAAUAAUGAUUUAAGAUCAAGACAAGAAUUAACCACCCAUCUCACCAAUCAGUGGCCUUCCCCAGGAGCUCUGGAUGUUAAUGCUGUUGCCUUGGAUACACUACUUUAUCGAAAGCAAAAUAAGCAAUGGGAUGAGUAAGUUGAAAUAUUUGUGCAGUGCUCCUAGAGAUCCCAGAAAUUUCAUUCUCCCCACCCCACUCUAGUGCAUCUUGUCAACCAGAUUAUGUAUGUGUUUAAGGGGAAAACUGGUAGAUAACUAAACAUUAGAAAGCAGAAUAGAAUUAUAUAGUAGCAUAUUUAUCUUAAACACAUUAGGUUGUAUGCAGCUAAGUCAUACUCAUGAGUUCAGAUGCAUUGGAAUCAAUGGACAAAUUAGACAAGUAUAUUGAGUUCAGUAAGUCUUCUCUGAUUAUGACUUAGUUGGAUGCAACCCAUCUGCCAAAACAAAUCAUACUCAUAAGCACAUAAUACUUUUUGGGUGUUAUUUAAGUCAUACUCGGUUUAGACUCUUUGAAAUCAGUUUCAGUAAACGUAAGUUAGUCAUGACUAAAGUCCAUUGAUUUCAAUGAGUUUGCUCAGAGAAUCCCUUAAUACAUACAAAGUAUUUUACAUACAUUUCCAGCAAAUCUUAGAAUAACCUUUAUUAUCUAUUUUACUCAACAGUACCUGGUUUACAUGCUGCAUUAAACCAUAGUUUAAAUCAAACUACAGUUUAAUGAACAAGCAGCAUGCUGGUGUAGAGUGUUCAUGGUUUCUUGCUGGCUGACUGUUCUUGAUUUAUUUAGAGGAGACAAGCUAUGAACCCAGAUUCAGAGCAACAUAAGCCAGAAUCUGGUUUGUUUUGUCUGCAGCAUGAGAGGAACAGGAAUGAUGAGGAGUACCAUGGCAACUUUUGAGCAUGAUAAUUGUUGCUCAUUCACAUUGCUUUGAACUAUGGAUUAAUGUGAUGUAACUGAACCAAUGCAAAUUGUUCUGCAUAACGAGUUUAAGCUUGAGUUGUUGUUGUUGUUACUGGCAUUUUUAUCCCACUCUUUAUCCAAAAAAGGUUCCCAGAGUGGUUUACAAAUAUCAGUGAAGUUUUAUCAGCUGUAGUUAAGGACAUACUAAAUUUGUCUGGAGUGUUCAUAAGGAUCAUCAUACCUUUAAUGAAAGUUAACAGUAGUCAGACGUAAUGUAGAGAGAGUGGGGGUUUCCCAUACAAGAUGUGGCAGGGGCAUGAUUCCACAGCCUGAUCCCUUUAUCAGCAGUGGACAAUAUGUGCUCUUCCAGAACUUUUAGACUCUAACUACCAUCAACCCAUCGGCAUGAGCAAUGGGAGUUGUAGUCUAACAAUACUUGGAGGGCCACAGGUGUCUGUUCUUGCUAUAUAGUUCAGCCUUAAGUCAUCUUCAGCCUUUAAAAUUUAUUAGAAUUAUAUUUUCAUAUUAAAAUGGAAGUGCCUAAUUGCAUUAUUACCUCAAAUUUGCUGAGAUUUUACUUGGAUGUUGAUUUCACUAUUGAAUUUAGCAUCCCAUGGUACAUUCUGCAACAUAAAGGUUGGUCUAAAAUUUAUAGGAACAUGGAGUGGAAUCAGAUUAGUUCCCUUGCACUCACAGAAGGGCUUUUGAUCCAGUGUUGUCUAAUGGAGGAGGAGCAGAUACUUUGGGCCACUGUAACAUUUGCAGACCCCAGUCCCCCCUAAAAAUCCAUUCCAGAGAGUUGAAGGACCUUCCAGAGCAAGGUGGAAGGUGGCAUGGGGUAGAGCUGUUAGGGAAAGGAGGAACUGGCAACAUUUGCUUCCCCUCUACAUUCUGUUGUUGGUGAAGCUCAUUACUAUGGGUUAUGCAGCACCACCUUGUGGUCGAGGCAUUAAAGUUGAUUAGGAAAGUAACCAGCUUCCAGAAUUCAGUUUGCUUUCCUGCCUUGAGUCGAGCUGUCACUGUUCUUUGUUUGCUCCCUGCCUUUUCUCACUAAAUACUAUAUCUGCGCGGUGGUGGUUUUUUGUGUGGUAGUCCUGUUUUCUGUGGAGGUCUCCUGUUCUUUGAGUAAAUCGAGUGUCUUCAUGUACUUCACUUUAAUUUCCCGGUGGGGGGGGAUUAAGGUUUGCCAGUUGGACUUCUCCCAGUUUGCCGUUUUCAUAGCUUUUUAACUCUGCCUUUUUUUUUACACUGUUUCUCUGCUGUGAAUUCCUCUGCUUUGUUUUCUUCCUGUGUGUUCUUUCCCCUGUGACUUUAUAUUGUAGUUUCUGCCACCCUGUUUCUGGCUUCGUGCAUUCCUAUUUAUAUUUAGGGGGAGUUCCUUAAGUGUAUAUAGUCUAUUUCACUCCUUUGCUUUCCCCUUUGCUUUUCCUUCUUGGUGACCACUUUUAUGAAGGGUAGGAAUCAGUUGAAAGUUUGAGAGACUCUUGUAUUGGGAGCCAUGCCUGAGAAGCCCCAGCAAACCGCACCUUCUUAUUAGGUGUUUGUGUUGGCCCCGCGCUCAGAUUCCAUUGCAGCUGUCAUUCUGCAAAGCAAUUUGCCUUUUCAAGAAAUUAUGUGUACUGCAUUCAUCAGCUUUGGUUGUCCUGUGGCUUGCAAAGUGACUCAGAAGUGCAAACAUACUGAAGGGGCUGUUUCUCAUAACUCUGAGAGACACAGAAGUGCAUUUGUUAUAGGGAUGAGUGCUCAGCAACAGAGGGGAUGAGUUCUCGAAUGGCUGUCUCCUGUCCUUUUAAAGAGAGAGGCUGUGUUGUGGGAUGUAAUAUGAUGGAGAUGGAUCACCAAGCCCAGCAUGUGAAUGUUUCAUGCUCCCACAGCUCCUCAGAAGGGGAGGACUUUGGGGGAUUCCAGGGCUCUCCUGUCAGCCACCAACCCCAGGAGUUGCCUAGUUUAGCUAUGCCUCAUUCAUAACCUAUUACUGCUAACAAUACUGCUGCUGGCACUUAUUAUCAGGCUGCCUCGCUUUUCUCCCCAGUCUGUGUUAUUUUCAGUGAAGGCCUUAAACCCAAUCAAAGAGGUGCCAUUAGGUGCUUUUUCUUUAGAGCCCAGGGGGUCAGAUCCUGAAUCUAAUUCUGUGCCUUCCUGUUCCCAUAGUCAGCUCUGUCUCAUUCCUUCUCAGAAUUUGGCAACUGCUCCAUCUCUUAUGGCAGGCAGCCAGCCACCUCCUGAUGCCUCUUUCAGUCAAUUCCAUGCAGCUAAAGGCAUUGCUGUUGCAGCUGAUUCUGCAUCUAAUGGCCCUGCAUUAAAGGGGAAAAUAUGAAUCCUUAUGGGGAAUUGGAUAUUGAGGAAGUGAAAUGAAGCGAGAGAUCUCAGUCAGAGGCUCAUUCCUCUCAAAACCCAAACUGUUAACUGUAGCCAACUUAGAUUCAGAUGAAGGUGAUGUCUGACUGAGGAGAAAAAUGUCAUGGGGAAGUUAUGGCCAGAUCCAGAAUGUCUGACAUCCAUGGCCAAUAUGGUGCCAUUAAAAUUAGCAGAGCCCUUUCUUCCUAAAGUUUCUGUAGGAGUUGAAGAAUAACCGGAACUGGAGGGAAGGCAUAAAGUAGACCAGGUGGCCACAAAGCUGCUAGCGCAUCUGUUGCUUCUACCAUCAGACAAUGGAACCCGGUGAAGAACUCUCAACCUCACAAUUUAUGUCUGAUGCAAAGAGGUCCACUAUGAUUGUGCCGUAACAAGUCUGAAUUUGCUGAAAUACAGCUGGGUGUAACAUCCACUCCUCCAAUAUUACCCUAUCCACGGUCAGAUAAACUGUUGCUGACUUCAUGUUUAUAGAGAAGUGCCCAGAUGAAUCAGCUGACUCACUUACAUGUGGUGACUUUUGGCCCAAUUGAUCAAGAAACUGUGGUCUUGCAGGCAUGAGACAGCUCGGCAUGUCCUGUUGAGCCUGAUCCAAAAGCACUAGGGCACAAAUUGGAUUUCACAGUGUCUUUAUGCUGCAUUGCAGUACAUGAAGGACAUUUCAGCAAAUGUACCUCUCCAUAGGUGGCUUAUAAUUUAGUUUUUCAUAUUUAUAGCCUGCUUUUCAAGGCAGCAACAGGUUAUUUUGGUACAUUUAGUGAAAAGAGCUAAAGAAUGGCUGGUCUCCGGUCUCCCAGUUGCUGAAGAAGGAAGGUUUGAAGGAUUAUUUCCAAAGGCUUUAAUGUUUUGAUUACUGCAGUACAUAUACACAUUGCUGGCACUUCAUGCAAUACACAUGACUAAUUUUAAAUGCAGCUGCAAGGCUGGUACUCUUAACUGUUAAAGCUUUAGUUGUUGAUCAGACACACACCCCUUUGUGAAAUGGGGUGAGCUCAUUGUAGGGCAGUAAGCGUUUCUGCAAUAUCGCACUACAUAUAGUAGGCGGAACUCUCAGUUGCCUACUCUUUUUGCUCCUGCUGGACCUAGUGAAAUAUCCCCGUCUGGGUAGGCACAGUUACUCCUUUUUUCUGAAGAUGCCGAGGUGGGUGGUGCAGUGAGCACUGCGGGAGUGUCAGAUAGAGGUUCUGACAGCCCUGUAGAGGGAGGUGGGGCUCAUGGGUCUCAUUAUGGGACAGAUGAGACAAGUGAGCAGGUUAAGGGAGCCCCUCUUCCCAGGGUCCUCACCAACAGACUGCUCCACUCCUGGCAAAGGCCCCCACAUCCUGCUGCAGCCCUUGCCCAGGUCCUUGGCCAAUCCUCCAUCUGCAUUGUCCUGACACAGCCAUGGCUUAGCCCAAACGCGCAGGCUCCCAAGGAGCAGAUGACAGCCACUCGGCUGCUCCCUAGUUGUUUUGUUGUUUUUCUGCUGUGCUGAGCUAAGCCAUAGUUUGGCUUAGCAUGCUAUCCAAAGUUGGGUCUAUGGUUUAGCUCUCUCCAGACUAACCAUGACUUCUACACCAAGAACAAACUUUGAUUUGGCUUAGCAUGUGUGAACCAGGCCACUGAAUAUUUGUUUUAAGAUUUUUAGCUCUUCAAUCAAACUAUCAGAGUGGCUUGCAAUAAAUAUUUGAAAAAAUAGUGAAAUACAGCAAAUCUAAAAUAACAGACAAGAUGAAAUUAAAAUUAUCAUUGUGUGUGGAAACAGGUGAAUGUUAAAACCUUUAAAGGAAUAGUGCAAAUGUUCUUAAUUCCUUGCCUAUAUCACCGGUGGAGCUCCCUUUGGAAUUGUACCCUUGACUAUAACGCUGCAGUAUCUCUGAUAUCUCUGUUUAAAUAAUGAAAUGUGUGUAUUCAGAACUGAGUAGAGGAUAACACCUUUUCUUCCUUUAUGUAAUCCUAUUUAAAGAAAAACACAUUUUAAAAUUUCCAGCUUUAUUUUAUAUAACAGCAUAUUUGUUUGGAAUCGCUGAUGCGAAUAGAUGCUUUCCUAUAAGUUACUAUUUGCUAUAGUACUUUAUAAUAAAAAUAAUUGCUGGUUGCAUUGUAUAGCGGUUUGAAGGUAUUUACUGGAAUUGCUAAUUGUUUUUACAGAAAGAGUUUUCACAGCCUGGACCAGCUUUCUGCUGAUGUUAGCCUCUCUCAGACAUCUUUGGAUCCAAGCCAUUUAGAAGAUGGAGAUGGAAAACAGGAUGGGAUGAAUUUACUUAGUGAAGGUAAUCAACCUAAUAAUUUAUCUUUGAUAAAGUAUUUAAUACUUUAAAGCAACUUAUUUCUAUUAGGGUUUUUGUUUGUUUUUUAGUACCUGCAGUUAUCCCACUUCUUUCCUGCAACAAUUCUAAGACCCUAAAUCAGGUGAUUGCUAAAGGAUGGAUAUUUUCAGUCCCAGUAAAGUCAAGACAUCGAGAUAUAGAACAAUCUGUCUUGAAUAAGACAAUUUGGUAAGGCAUUAUCUAACUACUCUGGGAAACGUUUUUGAGGAGCAGGUUAUAAUAAGUACAUAAAAAUAAAGUGAUGAUUUAGGCCCACAUGCUUUCAUCUUAAAGCCAACUUGCUUAUAUGACAUUUUAUUAAAUUUAAUUCCAUCUUUAAUUCCAACCAAAAUGGUCAAAGGCCUGGAAACAAUGCCUUAUGAGGAACGGCUAAGGGAGCUGGGCAUGUUUAGCCUGGAGAAGAGGAGGUUAAGGGGUGAUAUGAUAGCCAUGUUCAAAUAUAUAAAAGGAUGUCACAGAGAGGAUGGAGAAAGGUUGUUUUCUGCUGCUCCAGAGAAGCGGACACGGAGCAAUGAAUCCAAACUACAAGAAAGAAGAUUCCACCUAAACAUUAGGAAGAACUUCCUGACAGUAAGAGCUGUUCGACAGUGGAAUUUGCUGCCAAGGAGUGUGGUGGAGUCUCCUUCUUUGGAGGUCUUUAAGCAGAGGCUUGACAACCAUAUGUCAGGAGUGCUCUGAUGGUGUUUCCUGCUUGGCAGGGGGUUGGACUCGAUGGCCCUUGUGGUCUCUUCCAACUCUAUGAUUCUAUGAUUCUAUGAUCUUAUCAUUGCAAAUAAUAAGCAUCAAUUGCAGUUUAAGAAACCAUACUCAGUUAAGACCAGAAGAUACCCAUACACAUAAGUGUGUAACUUUGCUUAAACACCAUCAUACAAUUCCAUAUCUUGUGUGUGUGUGUAAAAUUACAGGAUGGUGUUUAAGCAAAGUAACACACCUAUGUGCAUCAUCACUUUAUUUGUAUGUACUUAUUAUAACCUGCUCCUCAAAAACCUUUCCCAGAGUAGCUAGAUAAUGCCUUACCAAAUUGUCUUAUUCAAGACAGAAUGUUUUACAAAUACACCAGUGUUUAAAAACAGAACCCCUGUGUUCAAUUGCAUGAAGGCCAAUUCUCAGCUUGCAGCUUCCAAACAAUUUGAAAUGCUUCUACAUAAUAGUUCUUUGAAUGUGUGAACCACUUGUCACCUAUAAGAUCUUGGUCCUGAGGGGUGAACUGCAGCCUUGCAGCAUCCUCCCAUACUGCUAAGCUCAAAGUGAUGUGCAGAUCCUUAAGAGACAGAUCUACUGAGUUGUAAUAUACAAAAGUUUCGUGCAAGGAGAAAGGUUAUUAUUUAGAAACUAGUAUCAUAACACUAUUAGCUGAUACCAAGAUCCAUUUAGUUUCCGUUUUUCACAAAAUACUUUCCUGCUUCUCAUUUUUUAUUCUUUCCAAUUGACUUGUCUCAUUUUGAAAUAAAGUUGUAAUGUAUAUCUGAUGUCUCAUGGACAAACUAUAGCUUCAAACAUAACUUGCCUUCAGAUGAAGCUGAGAGAGAAGUAACCCAAUUAAUAAGUGCAGAGGGAAUUCCUCCAAGUUAAAUCCACCCAGAAAGGAAAAAAGUUGAAUCUGGAAAUAAACAGCAAUAGGAACAAAAACGGAAUGAAGUGAGGAGGGCCAAGUUUGGCCAGAGGGGGCAUAUACAGCAGCACAGAGGAGUAAGGCGUCAGGAGAAAAUGCGAUAAUCCAACAACUGUGAAGUGGUGAAUGCUGCCUGGUGUUACACUAUUGGUUCGGAAACCUUCCUGUGUUACUGUCAGUUAGUAAGAAACUGGAUUUUAGCCAUGCAAAAACCCAUAUAUUCUCUGAUCAGUAAAAACUUCAUUAGGUUUGUCGAGAGAGAGAGAGAGAGAGAGAGAGACUCCAAAGCAAUGUGUUUUUUGAGAAGGUGCAGAUGGGCCCACAAUAGCGAAUGGAUGUGUUGUCUAAAAAUGAAACUGUUCCAUCUUAUGACCAAAUAUGAAAAUGCAAGACACCUGCAUUAUCUACAAGUAAUUUUUUUAUUACAGGUAAUGGUGCUUGGAUGGAUGAGAGCAAAUAAACUGAAGCUGAACUCUGCUAAGACAGAGGGUAGUUCAUGGGCAGUUCUUGUAUCCAGAAAUUAGGUGAAAUGCCUGUUCUAGACAGUCACACUUGCCCUGAAAAGGGUAGGAGAAGGGAGCAAAGCGAUUGCUUUAUGCUCCCUUAUUGAUCACCCUGGAUGUGCCAGUCACUAGUGUUAAUUUUUUUUCUUAAAUAGGAAAAGAAGACACUCCUUCAUUGCUUGGUCUCUGUGGCUCUCUGACAUCAGUAGCAAGUUACAAAUCUCUCACAAGUCUGAAGUCAAGUGAGUAUCUUGCAAGUCCUACAACAGAUAUGACAAGCCCCGGACUAACACCUUCUGGAGUGGAUCUAUAUAAAGAAGAUCUCUGAAUUUGUAUUCAGUUGACAUUCCUUAAUUUAUCUGCGGUUGAGACUCAUACAACAUUAUGCUGGUUUUAAAAAUUGCUACUCUGUCCUUUUUAGCAACAUCUAAAAAACAAUGGCUUGCAGUUGUUUUUAAAAAAUACUCCUUGACUGCUUACAAUAUUCAUGAUUUUCAGUCUGUUGAAUGUACAAUUAAGGCUGCAAAUCAUCAUUAAGAGAAAAAGGGGUUAUCUUAACUGCCAAAAUCUGUCUUCUCUUGAAGCUUACGUUCCUCACUUCUUUAGAUAUGCUCACAUUUACAAGGAUAACUUAAAACUCAAUAGGUAAGUGAAAAUAUUGACUAUAUUGUAAGAACAAAAUAUUUGAAUUGUAUUCUAUUAAGAUGGAUUGAAAAAACUGAACUACUUAGAGCGGUGGUAGCUAUUAGAUCUACACCUGAAUUUUCAUUAUACUUACUUUCAUCAGGGUUUCCCACAUAUUUGCCAUUCUGACACGCUGAACUACUUGCAGGGUACAAAGGGGAGAAAUUUGGAGACAGCAUCCAAAUUGUUUGUGCUCAUGACAUGUCCAAAUGUAAAGGUAGGAGACACUUGUAGAUAAAAGUAGUGCAACUAUCUAUAGUGGUUCCUUUUAAGAACUUGGUUUUUCUCCGAAAAGCAAGUAUCACAAUAGACUUAUAUGUAAGUCUUGCUACCUGCUCUGUAGUAAAAAGUUUAAAUCAGGUGUCACUGGUCAACAGAUAAACAAUGCUAGCCAUGCUUUUUUUAACCUUCUGCAGUUUAAUUUUUAAAGUGCAACCCUUUCUACAGUGUAAUGAGUUUCAUUUCCUAGCAUUACUGGGAAUUGUUACAUGCAGUAAUCACAGGCUAUUUUGUGUAAAAGCAUCAAUACGCAUACAGCCCCUAAAUUUCAUGACUGAGGAAAUGCUUUAUUGUGCCAAAGAAGUUCCAUGCAUUAUUUUCUAAUUUGGAACAACACGGGGGACUCUACAAGUUGAGCUAAUUUUUGCACUAUCAGUUUGAUUACCUACUUAUUAUUUUGCCAAAAAGAGAUGUGCCUCUUGUAAGAUUUGCUAUAAAAAUUGAUUAGCAUUAAGAGAAAGCAGAUUAUACAUGAAAUUCUUUGUGUUGGCAAGUUCAUUAUUUUUCAUAUGUGCUGAGCUAAAUUAUGAGACAAAACAAGACAAUGUUCCUGCUUUGCCAGAUGUUACGUACUGACUACCUGAUAAAAGUAAUGCAAUGCAUGUUAAUUAUCUCUUGUAAAAUAGUUAUCUUUUAAGAACAUGAGGAAAAAUGAAAUCUUUACAGCCAAGUUUUGAGAGGUAUAGAGAGUAUUGUUAGCAGGUUUGUAUGUGUGAACUCUUCCUUGGGACAGUUUACUGUUGAUCUGGAAACAUGACUUUGUCACGCCAGUUAUUGACUAGUUGGAGCAGCUGGGAUCAAAGCCUUUUUUUUACAGACCAUAACUAAAAUCUCUAGUUUGUAUGUGAAACCAGUCAGGUCAAUAUUUGUGCAUGAAAAGUUUACUGUAUUUGUUCUGAAAUUCUGUCAAGUUCUGAAAUUCUGUCAAGUUUUCAGACUUGGGGAAAAACCCAAAUUGUGCAGACUUGCGCUGCUGUAUCAAAUGUUGCAUGUGCAUUAAACAUUUUGUACUAUU